AUGAAGGGAAAACUGAGAAAUACCAAAAUUGAGACCCAAUCCGAUCCACAAAAGAUUUUGCCGGGAGAUGAGGCAUCUGUAGUUGGCACCUCAGACGCGAAAGAAAACGGUUCCAAAUCGGUAUGUCGGGUCGUGUUUCUUGGUGCAGCGAAAGUUGGGAAGACCAGUAUUAUACGUCGCUUUCUCAAUGGCAGCUUUGAACCCAAGUACAUUCCUACCGUUGAUGAUGUCUACUUCUCCAAGUUCCUGGUUCGUGGAUGCCAAGCUAAUGUGGAAUUCAUGGACACGUCUGGAAGUUAUGAUUUUCCUGCUAUGAUAAGAUUAUGUGUUGCCAAAGCUGAUGCGUUUGUAAUAGUGUUUGCUCAUGAUAAUAUGGAAUCUCUGAUAGCAGCAGGUCGUUAUUUAGAUCAGAUAAAGGCCGAACGUGAAGAUUAUGCACCUCUUGCUUCAGAACCUAAUGCUUAUGAUUCAUCGACUCUAGUAGCUGCCCCAUCUCCACUAGUAGUUGUCUGCAACAAAUCUGAUCUUCCAAUGUCAAUGUCGAAGAUCAGCGAAGGAGUGAUAAUGGAAUGGCUUCUUAAAAGUGGACUAAAACCAUCACAAUUUGUCUAUACGAGCGCACAAGCGGAUGAAUAUGUAUUGGAUAUAUUCAAGUCCCUUUGGUCUCAAAAUGAACUAACUCAUACCAUCAGCUUCUCACCCUGGGUGGAAAAGAGAAGGGGUAGUGCAGCCGUACUAGAAACCUCAUCUCAAGUAGAAAAGAAGGCUGAAAGUCCUGGAUACGACCUUCAGUCUAGAAGGGGAAAUUUCUUUCGGAGUAGUUUUAAAGUUCGCCAUCGAAAUAGUUCACGUCAAAGGAGAGCACGCGCAGACUUUAUUCGACUUGAUUGCACCGUAUCGUAA